UGCCAGGGCGACCUGAGGUUCCCGGCGGCCUAUGCGUCGGCGGUGGUUGGGUGGUAAGAUGGCGGCUGUGAGUCUGCGGCUCGGCGAUUUGGUGUGGGGGAAACUCGGCAGGUAUCCUCCUUGGCCAGGAAAGAUUGUUAAUCCGCCCAAGGACUUGAAGAAACCUCGUGGAAAGAAAUGCUUCUUUGUGAAGUUUUUUGGAACAGAGGAUCAAUUGGACCUGCUGGCUCUAUUGUGUCAAAUUUCAAACUUGAAGAUGAAUUGGUCACAAGGAAGUGCCUGGAUCAAAGUGGAACAGCUAAAGCCAUAUCAUGCGCAUAAGGAGGAAAUGAUAAAGAUUAACAAGGGAAAACGAUUCCAGCAAGCUGUGGAUGCAGUGGAAGAGUUCCUCAGAAGAGCCAAAGGGAAAGACCAGACAUCAUCCCACAAUUCUGCUGAUGACAAGAAUCGGCGUAAUUCCAGUGAGGAGAGAAGUAGGCCAAACUCAGGUGAUGAGAAGCGCAAGCUUAGCCUGUCUGAAGGGAAGGUGAAGAAGAACAUGGGAGAAGGAAAGAAGAGGGUGUCUUCAGGCUCUUCAGAGAGAGGCUCCAAGUCCCCUCUGAAAAGAGCCCAAGAGCAGAGUCCCCGGAAGCGGGGUCGGCCCCCAAAGGAUGAGAAGGAUCUCACCAUUCCUGAGUCCAGUACCGUGAAGGGGAUGAUGGCUGGACCCAUGGCUGCGUUUAAAUGGCAGCCGGCCGUGAGCGAGCCUGUUAAAGAUGCAGACCCCCAUUUCCAUCACUUCCUACUCAGCCAGACCGAGAAGCCAGCUGUCUGUUACCAGGCAAUCACAAAGAAGUUGAAAAUAUGUGAAGAGGAGACGGGGUCCACCUCCAUCCAGGCAGCAGACAGCACGGCCGUGAACGGCAGCAUCACACCCACAGACAAAAAGAUAGGAUUUUUGGGCCUCGGCCUCAUGGGAAGUGGCAUCGUCUCCAACUUGCUAAAAAUGGGUCACACGGUGACUGUCUGGAACCGGACUGCAGAAAAAUGUGAUUUGUUCAUCCAGGAGGGGGCCCGCCUAGGAAGAACCCCCGCUGAAGUUGUUUCUACUUGUGACAUCACCUUUGCCUGUGUGUCGGAUCCAAAGGCGGCCAAGGACCUGGUGCUGGGCCCCAGUGGCGUGCUGCAAGGGAUCCGCCCCGGGAAGUGCUACGUGGACAUGUCAACAGUGGAUGCUGACACAGUCACCGAGCUGGCCCAGGUGAUUGUGUCCAGGGGGGGCCGCUUUCUGGAAGCCCCGGUCUCAGGGAAUCAGCAGCUGUCUAAUGAUGGGAUGUUGGUGAUCUUAGCAGCCGGAGACAGGGGCUUAUAUGAGGACUGCAGCAGCUGCUUCCAGGCAAUGGGGAAGACCUCCUUCUUUCUAGGUGAGGUCGGCAACGCAGCCAAGAUGAUGCUGAUCGUGAACAUGGUCCAGGGGAGCUUCAUGGCUACCAUUGCUGAAGGGCUGACCCUGGCCCAAGUGACAGGCCAGUCUCAGCAGACACUCUUGGACAUCCUCAAUCAAGGGCAGUUGGCCAGCAUCUUCCUGGACCAGAAGUGCCAAAAUAUCCUGCAAGGAAACUUUAAGCCUGAUUUCUACCUGAAAUACAUUCAGAAAGAUCUCCGCUUAGCCAUCGCACUGGGCGAUGCCGUCAACCAUCCAACUCCUAUGGCAGCUGCAGCCAAUGAGGUGUACAAAAGAGCCAAGGCACUGGACCAGUCUGACAACGACAUGUCUGCCGUGUACCGGGCCUACAUACACUAAGCCCCCACCCCCCCAAUCUUCCCUCUGACCCCCUCUUCCUCACACGGGGUUGGGGUCCUGGGACUUCACUCUGGACCAGUCCACCUGUCUCCAUCUCCUUUUAUACAGACUUUGAGACUUGGCAUCAGCACAGUACACAGCAUUACUCCUCCCCUGGAGGUCCUGGGGAGGGGAGGGGUGUCAGCAGGAUUGGCCUAUGGGAAAGCUCUUGAGCUGGGCACUGGCCCUAGGGCCAGGUGGCUGUGUGUUCACACACACACACACACACACACACACGCGCACACACGCACGCACACAGGCUCUUGCCCCAGGAUAGAAGCUGCCCAGAAACUGCUGCCUGGCUUUUUUUUUCCUUCUUCUGAGCUUGUCUUAUUUCAGACCCCUUCUAGUGAAAGAACUAGAAUCAGCAGUGAGAGCUGGAAGCCUUCCCACUGCUCUCAGAGCAGAGGCUGUGGUCAGGUCCACAUCCCCCACUGGACCCCCUGCAGAGAGAGGCUCUGGGCCAAGGUGCACCAGCACAGACUAAACAGAGGGUCCCGCGGGCCCUCCAACUCAGGUGACCAGCUGAGGAGGAUUGUCAUGUUGAAGCUACCAGUGUGUAACCAACUCUCCAGAAAUGCCUUUGUGAAGUGAAAAGAGAUUGGCAAAGUCAAGUGAAGACAGACCUCUGGCUUUCCAGGGAGAGCAGCAAAUAGCCAGCCUAUAAGUGAGCUUCACAGAAGCCUGCUGUCCUCGCUGCUCUUCAGCACCUGUCCCAGAAGUCACCGUCACUGCGGAGCCCUGGGCUGGGAUCAGACUUCCUUACUCUGGUGUAGCGGGGGCUCACUCCUCACCAGGCUGUUUUAGUAUUUAGAUUUGCAUUCCUGCCCUUAGGAAGGGGCUCUGAGGGCCACCAACUGAGGAGUGGAGGGAAGGGGAUGGGCUCCCUCGGUUUCCGUUAUGCCCCACACUCAGCACGUAGUUCUGAAGAUCCACCCUGACCCGGUCCCCUCACAACGGCCCCACCUACUCCCACCUGUCCCUGCACAAGUCUUCCGCAUGCCGACCUCUCUCCCUUCUCUUCCCUUUCCCCUUUUCCGCCCAUGGAGACAGUAUUUCUUCCUGUCUGUCCCUUUGGCCCAGACCCAGCCUUGAACGAUGACCAUGUCUUAGGCUCAACUCUUGAAACAGGAAUGAGUGUCUUCAUCAGCAGCAUGGUCUUCAGUGCUUCCAGGGCCUGGGGGUCUGUCAGGAGGGAAGAGGAGAGCUGGGCCUGACCAAACCUGAACUAACUGACCCUCAGAUGGAUCCAAGACAUCCUCGAGGCCCUAGCAUUUCUCCUUGGAUAGGGGACCAGAGAGGGUUGAAAUGUGGCAUGAGAACAAGGAGAAGUCACCUAAAGGAUGUCAGUGUUGUCUCCCUCUGCAUGGGGUGCAUUUUCCAAAGUCAUACUUCGCAGGUCAGCAUUUAUAGUGAAUACAUAAUGAGGUGGCCACACUGGUGUGGGUCCCUCCUCACAACCUUGGCCCUUUUCCAACUGAUCAGAACCCCAGUUAAGGGAUCUCAGAAGACAUGGGGGGGGAGGGGCAAGGAAGAUGCCUGUGGGUUUUUAGCACAGUUGAUUUCACUGGGAUUUUGAAUUCUUUUCUGUCUGAACACAAAGCCUGUUAUAGUCCUAGCUGGACACUGGGGGGUGGGAGUGGGGGGAGAUGCUGUAAUGAAACUGGUUAGUCAAUGUUGUCUUAAUAUUGUUGACAGUUCUGUAAAGUUCCUUUUUAUGAAUAUUUCUGUUUAAGCUAUUUCACCUUUGUUUUGAAAUCCUUCCCUUUUAAGGAGAAAAUGUGACACUUGUGAAAAGCUUGUAAGAAAGCCCCUCUGCCACCCCUUUUUUUUUCCUUUAAACGACAAAUCUAGGUAAUUAAGGUUGUGAAUUUUUAUUUUUGCUUUGUUUUUAAUGAACAAUUGUCUUUCAGAAUAGGAUUGUGUGAUAAUGUUUAAAUGGCAAAAACAAAACAUGAUUUUGUGCAAUUAACAAAAAGCUACUGCAAGCAAAAUAAAACGUUUCUUGAUAACACAA